AUGGAUUUUGUGCAAAUUACUAAAUUCAUAAUAUGUUUCCUCGUGAAAACAGUAUGUGCGCAGCUUGCAGCAAUUUUUUCUGAAGUAACACAAAGUAGUGACUGUUCGAACUGGAGCACAUGGGGACCAUGCAUUUGGCCCGAUAUGGAAUUCAAUACGACAUAUAUGAACCAGAUAUCACCUAUUUGUCAACAACACUGGUUCUACAAACUUAUAAAUCAACGAUACGGGAAAGCAUUGCAGAGCUUUUACUCCUACAUGGGUUCUGUUCUCAUUAAUAAGAGGGCAUGCGGAAUGUGUUCAUACAAACAAAGUUGUGGAUACGGUGGCGCUAAGAAAUGCAACCUUAGUCCAUUCGAGAUACGCGGUGGACGUUCGUUUAUCCCAUUUUAUGUAUCCGAAAAGAUCUGUAGGCAAAAGGAUCUUUUAGGCGUGGAUCAAAUGGAUAGUUGUCAAGUAGAUUACAAUAAACUGUCGCUUAAUGGCGAAGAAUGCAAAUUGUGGCCAACUAAUGAGGUAGACCUCAAUCAGGUUGAACCAGUUUUCCAAAAAGAAAUACGUUCACUGAAGUGGUACGAAAUAAAUAGAGUGAAAAAACGCAAACAUGAGAAAGUGUGUCGAUGUUGUUGUUUUCCGUUCCGGCCGAAUCCUAAAACUUAUCGAUGUGAGCAUAUUCCGAACGCUCCAGUGGCACCAGGACUGGAAAUUAAAUAA